AUGCCAUUCAAGCGAUGCGAAGCUCUGCUGUGGCUGAGGUCACAGUCCUCAACAGAUGUGUUACAGAAGCAGGCAGUGCUGCCUCAGGACAUGACCAUUGCGGCAGUGCCAGCCCUCGUCAGCAGAUUGUUCUGCACGUCGACACCUACUCUCUGCCCUCUGCAUCGCCCUGCCGACCGCGCUUGUUUGCCGAACAAUGGCACUGCCGCCGACUGGACCAGAUAUGAGCAGGCUGGCCUCGCGCUGAACUCUGCUCUCGUCCACUCCAGCGAACCAAAGUAUCUAACUGUGGUCAAGCAAACGGUACGUCAGGCUUAUCACAACUCUGCAUCAGAUUUAUUGGCUAACGUUCCUGUAGCGACAAAGCAUAGUAGUCAUCCACAACGACGAAUGGCAUAUCACCGCUACCCAACAUACGUCGUGGAUGAGAUCACGCGAGAUCGCUACGGCGUUGACGUUCCAACACUUCUGAAGGAUAACGAGCGCCUCAGAGCAUCUAUUCACCACCGCGAUAGGGAGCUAGAUCGACGCGAUCGAGAAGUCAAGGAGUACAAGCUGGCCUAUGUCAGACUGAAGGACAAGUACAUUACUUCUCAACAACGGCAUGAGGAGCUCAAAGCACGCUUUCGAGAGCUCAUGGCGAGGAGGUGGGGCUAUUUGUGA